GGAUCCUCUGUCUCCAUUUCUGUCUGCCCCUCCACCACUCAUUCUCUCCCCGCCCCCCUCUCAAAUAAAAACUUAAAAAUGUGAAAUUAUUUUAACAUAUUUUGUUUAUACCGAAGUAUUUCAGUGUGUCAUGUUAGCUACAUUCAAGUGCUUAUAGGUUAUCAGUGGCUUAGUUGUAACCAUAUUGGACAGCACAGCUUUAGAGUAUAUUUCCUGUGAACAAGGACAUUUCCCUACAGAACAGUACAACUAUCAGAAUCAGGAAACUAAUGCUGCUACAUUACUACUGAAAUCCACACCCCCUCCACAUUUUGGCAUUCAUUCCAAAGAUGCUCUAUUUUAUAGCAAAAAGGUCCAAACAUUACACACUGAAUUUAGUUUUCAUGUCUCUUUAGCCUUCAAUCUGAAACCGAUCCUCAGGGUUUCCUUGACUUCUAUGAACUUCAUGCUUGCGAAGAUCACAGGCCAUUUAUUUUGUAGAAUAGCUGGAGACUACCACAGAAAUGUUCAAAAUGCUUAGAAAUAACAGAGUAGCCUGAGAAUGGGAGCAAGGGGCUGGAGAACAGGAGGGAUCAAAAGGCAGGAGGAAAUCCUCGGGGAUGAUGGAGAUGUUAAUUAUGAUUGUGGUGAUGGUUUUAUAGAAAUGUCAAAUUUAUCAAACUAUAUUUACAUUUUAAAGAAGUAUAACUUACUGUAUGUUAAUUAUACCAGUAAAACUUUUUAAAAAUUGGUGUAAAUAUGCUGGCAAAAUGUUAGGAGUAGAGCUGGGAGAUAGUGAGGUAGACAUGGAAAUAGAGAUCUAUCUAAACCACAAGACUGCUAAUUAGGGUAGGUGGUUCAACUGGCCAGCAGUCAAGUUUCCUAAAACCUGGUAUGCCUCUCUGGGGUGGGAGCCCUGGGUGUAAGCACUUAAAUUUUUUUAUUUUAAUGUUUAUUUAUGUGUGAGAGACCGAGUGCGAGUGGGGGAAGGGAAGAGAUGGGGGAGACACAGAAUAUGAAACAGACUCCAGGCUCUGAACUGUCAGCACAGAGCCUGACGCAGGGCUUGGACUCACGAACUGAGAGAUCAUGACCUGAGCCAAAGUUGGAUGCUUAACCGACUGAGCCACCCAAGUGCCCCCCAAAAUUUAAGUUUUUAAAAAGUUUAAGUAUGGCAGCUAAAUGAAAACCUUUUUAUUUCUUGCUUAAGUUCAUAAAUCUGGUUCUCUGGAUUCUCUUUCUUAAGGGGGAAAAAACCACACAGGAACAAACAUUAUUUCCAUUUUAAUACUUCUGUAAUUCCCCUCUUCACUAGUAGUUUUUGAGCUAAUUCAUACAGCAAACAUACAAUGCAGCAGAACAAUUCUUUAAGCUUUCUUGGAAUUUUCUGUUUUUCUCCAAAUUGCUUCCGAGCUUUCCUCCCAAGUCUGGUAAUCCUUUUCUGUCCAUUUUUAUAAGUGAAAGGACAAAAAAAGCUUUUUAGAAGAUUUGUAUACAUGGUUGCAACUGAUAGACUCUGAGCUUCUCUUAGGAUCCGAGUGGGCCAUUGUUGGGGAACCUCUGAAGUCAAAGUGUUAGAUCAUUCCUCCUGGACUGGUCAGAUUCCCCAGAGAAGAAACUUCCAAUUUGCUGAGGAUUUGCCUAUCUAAUCUUGAGAAGUGGAAGAAGAAGGGGGACCUUGCACUCAGCACUAUAGACACCAAAUUUACUUAAUUUCUGUUUCCAGUGUGGUUCUCGUACUUAGUAUACCUGAAGACACCCCAGUGUACAGAAUAGUAUUAUUUUGUCAGAAAUCAAUCUCCAUGCUUCUGUAGGAGUAAGAGGUAUGGUCCCUCCAGAGGUGUUUCUCAAAGAGCUUUCACUUAAUCUCUUUGAUUUACUUCAUUCUUCAUUUCCAAUUCCAUUGGCCCUGUUCCAGUGCCUUUUAAGAAUUAUGCAGUAUAAAUCGGGCUUUUCUGGUGUGUUGAGUCACAUUCAUUUAUCUGGUUUGCAGGUUCCGAAAUCUUACUGUUGUCAUCUUCUCUCUUCUCUCUCAUUUUUCCAAUUUAUUUUUAUAUCCCUUCACUGAAGAUUUAGUGGAGUUUUGGAAAGGAAUGAAGUCAGAUGGAUGUAUUUAAUUUACUAUAUUAAUACCUAAUUUCAAUUUUAAAACUUUUCUUUUUUAUUUUAUUUUAUUUUUUUUUUUUGCUGAGAGCCAAUUUCCAGUAUGGUUAAUCUUACUGAAGAAUGGCUCUUCAGAACCACGUGCUUUAAAAACGAUUCUAAAUCUACAUAGACUUAAUUUCAAAUUGCAAAUUGUAGCCUGUUUAAUUUUCUGGCUAGGAGCACAGCUUUAUUUAACUCACAAUUUGUCAUUUGUAAAAACUUGUAGAGAUCUGGCUUAAAGUGUCUUUUUAGUUUACAAAUUAUACAUAAUAAAGGAUUUGCGCAGCAAAAAAUGUAGCUGGUUUGAUUAGGGUAAAAUUGUCCCAUUCUUUGAUAUGGUACCUUAUAGGAAUCAUUAUUAUUUUGUGUUGACCUUUAAGUAUUUGAGUAGCCAUUGGGAGAAAGAGGUCUCCCUGGGUUCACAAUUGGUGAAGCUGAAGUGCAGCAGGGACCGGGGACUGCUCCUUAACCCUGCAUGAAGUCAUGGAGGUUACUGCUCUUUGUAAAGAAGCAAACUCUUAGCGACUGAGAGAAGUCCCCUACCAUUCUGAGAAUGCAUGUGGUGGGCAAGGAGAAGAAGGUACAAUCCUCAUUGAUAGCUUUUUGCUAAUAACUGUGGACUGAGGAGUUCAGAUUUAACCAACUCCAUUCCUGGGUUAUCUAAGAAUUGUCAUUUUACUGGUUGCCAAAAGCUGUUGUUAAUUACUUUUCCUCACGAAGUUCAGAUGCCAAUAAAAGCUGAAGGAAAACUGGCAAAGAAAGGCAGUGCAAUAUUAUUAUUUAUUGGGUUCUGUUAGAUUUGACUCAAACAGCUGACACACAUGUCCCUAAACUAAGCCUAAAAAGCUUCACACAAAAAACCAGUGCCAGCACCAAAGGAUAUGUUAUCACAGAGGUAGGUGGCAAGAGAUUUUUGCCUCCUAAGGCUGGUAUUUGGCUUGGUUGAGCCCUACCCAGAAGCCAGAGUAUAGAAGUGAGCUGAAAAGAGCUAUUUAUGUAUAUGUUCAGAAUGGGUGGAUAUUAUUAUACCUGUCUGUAGGCAAAGAAGAGGGAACAGGAAAUCGCCCUUACACUUAGGCAACUUGCAAGAGAAGUACGAGAGAAGAACCAAACUCACUGGUACAAUCUUUUAUAGCACAGUGACCCCUAGGACACAGUCUAGUGUGUUCUCACACAUCCACAGCAAUUCCUCCUCCCUGGGAGGGAGGUGGCCUAGAGUGUAGGGCUUGAGCAAGUCCUCUCCCUUAGAGGCCUACCAUUUUAAGGUAAUUUGGGAAGAACGUUAACACCUCCUGAGGCCCAUCAAUCCUAACUGAAUUGACUGAGGUUUUAUAAACAGUAGUCUGAAACACUAAAAAGCUUACUUUCAUAUUAAAUGGCUUCAGAACUCUGUAUGAGGUCGAUAUUAAGAUGUUUUGUAUCUUGCUACCAGGGCUUAGAGAUGGAAAUGUCAUAAUUUACAAUCGGAUUUCUGUUACAAUGGGGAUAAUAAGACCUCAACCCAUAAGACUAGCUCAGUAAUACUUAUUUACUAAUACAUUUCAUCAAUGAAGUUGGAAAAGAGAGAGCAUUAUAAAAUUACAAUUCAGAGAUAAGAAAUGGUGCCAACGAUUUUAAAGUAUUUCACAUUUUGUCAUGCUAAAACAGGGCCCUGAGAUCAGAGAAUUGGGUGAGGAUUUGGAGGGAGCUUAAUAUCUUAAUCACUUAAUGUCUUCUAGUUUCCCCGUGGGUCUAAGUUGGUAGUGUUUCUUCUUGAGGGGAGGAGACUGAAAUUCUGAAGGUUGUGCUACUGGCUAGUACAAAGAGCCGGUGACCUUGGGCCAGUAACUUAAUGAGUCUUCCUGGGCCUCAGCGACCUUCAACCAUAAGACUUUACCCAGGAUUUGCUUCAAAUAAUUUCCACUUCGUCGUUAGAGCUGCUCUUAGGAAAAUCGGCAUAUACAUAACUCGCACAGAGAGUAAACUGAACCAUGUGCAGAGAGAGGAAUCCGAAAGUCAUUAAUUUUAAAAUGACCAACCCUCUCGAAACUAAUUUGUUUAGUCCUUCUCUAAAUUGCCAGUUGAGCCCUGCCACUCGGUCGGCCUAAGCUGUGGUGGCCCAGGCAGCCCACCCGGGUGUCAAUCACUUGACCCAGUGGCGUAGCCAACGGCUCCUUUCCUUUUCGAAACCCUUACGGAAAGAAGUGCCCCAAAACACUCCUGGGAAAUUGUGAGGAAGAGAAACUGUCAACGUCGGAAGACGUUCAGAAACCCUUUGCCACACCCGGUAGUCCCUGCCCCAGAGCAUACUUCACGGCCUCCAGACCCCAAGAUCUGGAAAACAGAAUAAAACGCCCCGGCGGCUGCACUCACGCACUUUCCGGCAUUCCACAGCCAUUAAGGCCUCCGACCACUUCGACUCCAGGGUCGGUCAGCCUCGAACAGGGCGGUGUUGAUGUGGGGCAGCCAGUCAGAGAAGGGGGCGGGGCGCCGGCCGAAAGAACCCCAGCGCGAUUGCGCGGACACUUCCGCGAGGAUUUGCGCUCUUUACCUAGGGCGCAAGUGGGCGGGGCUUGUCGUCCUAACUACCCGGGAGCGUUUGUCCACGCAACUCUAAUCUCAGAUUUGGCCCAGUACCGGAUUUGCGCUUGCUGCAGCAUGGGUCCCAAAGCAAAAAAGUCUGCCAGGAAGAAGAAAAUCACCAAAGCUGAACGGUUAAAGCAGCUACAGGAGGAGGAGGAGAGACGGCAAAAAGAGGAAGAGGAAGCCCGUGUGAAACAUGAAAAAGAAGAAAUGGAAAGACUUGAAAGACAACGGAUUGAGAGAGAAAAAUGGCAUCAACUUGAAGCAAAAGAUCUAGAAAGGAGGAAUGAAGAACUUGAAGAACUUUAUUUAUUAGAGGAGUGUUUUCCUGAAGCAGAGAAGUUGAAACGAGAUACUAGAUUGCUUUCUCAGUGGAAUCACUACAUUCAAUGUGAUGGAAGUCCUGAUCCUUCAGUAUCCCCAGAAAUUAAUACUUUCAUUAGUCUGUGGAAAGAGGAAACAAAUGAGACUUUAGAGGAAGUGAUCGCGAAGAGUAAAUUAGUGCUAAAUUUAAUUGAGAAGUUGAGAUUACUUUUAUUGCAAACGCCGUCAUAUGAUUUGGAAGAUAAAACUAUAAUACAAUACCGAGGAUCAAUUCUAGAGCUGCAGGAGCUCCUCCAUCUGAAGUUCAAUGUAGCCACAGAACGACUUCUCAGACAAGCUAGUACAUUAGCAGAUCUGGACAGUGGAAAUAUGGAAAAAGUCAUUCAAGAUGAAAAUGUUACUCUAUAUGUGUGGGCAAACCUCAAGAAGAAUCCAAGGUACAGAAGUGUCAGAUUCUCUGAAACACAAAUUAGAUUUGAAAUUCCAAGGAUUUUAGCAACAAGUGGCAUUGCUAUACGACUCCUGCAUACUCACUAUGACCAUGCCACACCACUGCGCCCUGUUUCAGCAUCAUUACAAGGACAUACUGCCACAGUAACUCACUUUGUCAAAGAUGAAGUUCAGAAGGGAGAAGCAGAAAUCAGCAAAGAGCUCCAAGAAGAGUAUAAACAACAAGAAUGUGAGUCUGUAUCAGUUUGUGAGGAAGAAACAAAAGUUGAGGAACAAGGUGAUAUUGAAGUACAAAUGAGUUUUGUCCAGGAAGAAUCUGAAGCCACAAAAUGUAAACUGGAGAUGAAGUUAUUAAGUGAGGCAGUUUUCGCAGCACAGUUGUUGCUGAUAGAGAAUGCUAAUGAAAAGCCAUGUUUCUGUGAAGACAAUGAGGUUGAUUUAUGCCAAUUCACAACCCUGGGUGGAGUGUACCACUUGGAUAUUUUCGAACUUCCACCACAGUGUAAACCAAUGAAAGGCUGGAUGAUUGUGGAAAUACUCAAAGAAGGACUGCAGAAAUACAUAUAUCCUCCAGAAAGUACAGAAGACUUUGAAACAGAAAAUGCUUUCCCACCCAUAGAGGUCACGCUUGAAGUUCAGGAGAAUGUAAUCUUUUUUGAGGAUCCUAUGGUUGCAAGGUGGGAUGCUGAAGGUAAACACUGGCAGACUGAUGGCAUCAGCAAUGUCCUUUACCAAUCAGAAGAAAGACUUAUAACAUUCAGCCUAGAAACUUUUGGCCCUGUUACCUUGAUUCAAGAUACUCAUAUUAACAUGCCAUUCCAGUCAUGGGAACUCAGACCACUUGAUGUGAAUAAAGUACUUUUGACUGUGACUACGGUAUUUACUGAGAUACAAAUACAAAUUAAGGAAAACCUCUGCAUGUUAGCAUCAGUCAAAGUAGAUAACAAGAAACACUCCUCUACUUUGGAAGGAAGAUGGAUGACUCCUAUUUCUUUGAUUCUUGCUUUGAAAGAAACUGGAUUGAAUAUCUUUCCUACUGGACACUCUCAUUUUUAUGUUGUUAUAAAUCAUAAGGAACCCUUGGUAGAAAUUAAAGCUUAUCGACAACUGGCCCUGCUAAGUUCUGCUUUUGCAUUUGGUUGGAGCAAGUGGAAUGUAGAAUGUAGUUCCAAAAAAGUUAUAGUUAAGCUGAGGGAACACCUUACUGAAGAAGAACCUGUUCAGGAUCCUAACUGGACCCUUUUAAUGUUUAGUGGUGACAGAGCACAGAGGCUCAAAAUCAAUGAAAACAGUGAAACAUUCUCUGAAGCCCUUAAAGAAGAAACAGAGUUUCAUUCUACUCUGUAUCACCUGGUUAAGGAUUUUGCUUCCAAAGAAGCAAUGGAGAAAAUUAGGAGCUCCAAAUGCCAGUUUAUUGAUUCUGUAUGCUAUAUGCUACUCUCGACGAGAUUACUCAGCUACUCUUAAUCCCCAAUGGUAAAUUUUGUUCAGUAUGAAGAAUCAAGCAGUUUGGAGAAAAAAAUCAGGUUAUUCAAUAAAAUGUAAUGAGUUGAUAUAUUUCCAGUAGGUUAUUAAAAUCUAGUCAGCAUUUUAUACUCAAAUGUUAUUUUUUAAAAAGUGGGGUUGUUUUUCCCAUGAAUACUUUCAGUUUUCACUGUAUGAAGAUUUGAAUGGUUCUUUAUUUCAAUAAAUUUUAACAAACAACA